ACUUGCGUAAAUUAAAAGGAUAUAAUCUAUUAACAGGGAUGGAGGAAGCUAUCGAGUCGCUCUCUGCGAGCAAUAUGCAAGCUGGAGUUGAUUUAAACUUCCAACCUAAUCAAGAACCGGUACAACCGAUGGAAACGAAUCAAGUUCCUACAGGACAGCCAGGCACACUAGGCCCGAGUGGUAAACAUGAAGAGUUUUCUGUUGAAAAAGUCUUGGACCGGCGUGUGAAGAACGGAAAAGUUGAAUACUUACUCAAGUGGAAGGGAUAUUCUCACGAGGACGACACCUGGGAGCCUGAGGACAACCUGGACUGUCCAGAGCUUAUAUCAGCAUAUGAAGAAGCUCGCCUUAAGCGGGAACGUGAGGCAGUAGAGGCUGAAGCAGCAACGGCCGAAACAGCCGCUGCAGUGGAAGUUGUGGCAGCCGCUGCGGCCGCUGCGGCAGCUGCUGCCACGGCUCCCACUGCCGUUACUCCUAUGCCUUCAUCAGAAACCGUGGAGGAAACACAUAGCACUAGGAAACGCGGGCGUCGAGGGGCUGAAAAGAAGAAAAAGAUUGAAGAAAUUGAAAAACCCAGAGGUUUGGCUCGUGGUUUGCAACCAGAGAAGAUUCUUGCUGGACAGUUAUUCCAUGGGGUUCUCUAUUUUCUUGUUAAAUGGGAAGACUGCCUAGAAUUCGACGUAGUGCCAGGCCACGAGUUCGGUCAAGCGUAUCCCGACUUCAUGAUCGCCUACUACGAGCGCUGCGCGCCGUUUAACGUUAGACACAAGGUAGCCAAGGUGCCCAGGAUAGCUCCCGAGCUACCGCCAAGCCCCCAGCCUUCGCCUCCGCAGACCACCGAAGAUCAGGCAAACGAAUCAAUGGAUACCUCGGCAACCUCACUAGAGACGCCUUUACUUCCUGCGGCAGGUCCUGAUGACUCUGGUGCUAUGGACGUCGCCCCUCCCGUUCAGAUGCCGGAAGAAACUGCUCCAAGAAUUUAUGAAGCAGCUCGGUGAAGAAGACGAAGGCUGAAUGUGAAGAUCUGUCGAUUGUCUCGGAUUAUAUACUUCUCUUUGCCACUGAACCAUAGCUGAAAGCACAGCAGGGCGCGUAGUGCCAAGUUAUAUUUUGCAGUUGCACAGACUCGACUGUCUAUAGACAGCAAAACUAUUCUUAUACAAAAUACACGCAAACAAAAGAUUGUUGUGCUAGGAUUGAACCUUUCUGGUAAGUAAUUAAAUUACAUUUAA